AUGACCGUCACGCAUACCGCCAGGUCUUUCGAGGACUGGAUUAGGGAGCCCCGGUGCUGGCACAACCUCACCAAGCUCAGCGAUCGCAUCGACAGCGCCGACGGUCCGGCGGUUACGGCAAACUACGAGGAGCAGUACGCCUUGGCGGGGUACGAGCGCCUCAGAGCCUCCACGAGCGGUUGGGGCAACGGUGUGGGUGGUGCUGCUGCUUCUGCUGCCGAAGGCGAUGCCGGUGCCGGCCCGCUCCCCGAGGGAGCCGUGCAAGGCGCGCAAGCUGACUCGAGGAGGACGACUUCCCCUCUCGCCGCCAACGGGGGCAACGCUGAUCAUGGAGGCGGCGAGGCAACCGACGGCAAGCAGGAGACGGUAGCCGAUCCUCGCGCCGAUGGUGCGCCAGCAGCAACGGCGGCGGCGGCGGCGGCGGGCGCGGAGACGGCCCGAGACGCGGCCGGUGUGGUCAGCGAGGUGUGGCACGUCCGCCACGGCAAACCCGGCCGGAAGACGCUCGAGAUCUUCGACCCCGCUCUCACUGGCGAGGGCCACGUGCAGGCAAGCGCGGCCGGUCUCUACCUCAGCACGUUGCCCUUCAACCGCGGCGGGCGGCGGCGGCGGCGGCAGCCACAGCAGCAGCUGCCGGGGGAGGGCUUCGACGUGGUCUACACGUCGCCGCUGGCCCGAGCGGUCCAGACCGCGGUGUGCCUGUCGCGGGCGCUCGGCGACCUCCCGCUGGAGGUGGUGCCCGGGCUGUGCUCGUGCACGGCCGCCCUGGUACGGCGCGGUGGGUUUCCAAGCGUGGAGGCCGAGCUCAUGACCGACGGGGACAUCGCGGAGGCGUUUCCCGGGGUCGCGGUCAGACACAACCAGAGAGAGGGAGAGAGACGGGGAGGGAGGGGGGCGUGGGCGUACGAGCUGCACGACCUGCUGGCGAGUACGGGAAAGUCGCUCGGGCCCCGGGGCGGGGAGCCAUCGUCCUACGCGAGGCCGUUAGGGACGGUGGCCGCGACGCCGGAAGACGGGGAGAACGGUUCCUGGAACGGCGACGACGGCCCUGCAGCAGAAGCGUUGGCUGCGCGGGUGAUGGCGCUGACCGUACACACGGAGAGGUCGAAGCUUGGGGCCAAGGGUGACAGACAAGGUGCCCGGGAACAAGGGGGCGCCGUGGGUGGCGGGAUUACUGCUGCGCCGGCAGCGUCCCCGUGGCCGCUAGGGGUGGAGGGGGGAGAUCCGGCACAGGACGGUUCUCGGAGUGUUCCCGCGGUCAGGAGCGAGGCAGAGGGAGGCGCUGGUUGGCAAGGGCAGCAGCAGGAGGGGGAGGAGAGUGCAGACGCAGAGGAAGAGAUGGUGUUCGACACGCUUAUGGUCAUGUCAGAGGCGAUGAAGGAGGAAGGCAAGGCCAAGUUUCAGCGUGGGGACUACAUGGGUGCCGCGAAGGCCUACCGUCGGGCGGCCGAGGCUCUCGACGAGAGGGCCGCCCCCACCGCCGACCGGCUAGAGCCCCUGCGAACACGCCUCCGCGCACUGUACGAGAAGUGCAUGUGCAACGCGGCGGUGGCGGGUUUCAAGGCUGCGGCGGCGACGCCCGCGCCCGGGGAGGCUCACAGCCUGGUGGUGGACACGUGCUCCAAGGCGCUGGCACGGUGCGGGGGGAGGUGCCCGAAGGCCGCGGAAGCGCCUCAAGAGACCGAGAACUCCAAGAGCUACAGCCCCGGCGGCGGCGGACUAGUCGCCAACGGCCCAGCUCCAGCUCCGGACGACGCCGCAACCCCGAGCCCAAACGGCACCUUGUUGUCGCCAAACGGCACAUCCCCUACCCCAAACGGCACUUCAUCGUUGCCCCCAAACGGCACUCCGUCGCCCCCAAGCGGGAUGAUGACAACUUCUGCGUCAAACGGAACCGGCACCAACCCCGCCGCAAUCACCAACCCCACGGUCUCCGGCGGUGUUGGCUCUGCUUCAGCUGUAGCAGAGGGCAACGGCGAUGGCAAGGCCAAGAGCCGGCCGUCGGAGGCAGCGCGAUGGCUGGCGGUGGUGCGGGCGAAGAUAGCGGACGUGAGCGCCGCGAGGGCUCUGGCGGCCGAGCAGGCCUCCGCGCGCGAGGAGAACGCGACUGCUGGCAGGCAAAGGGCUCUCGAGGUUGCCCAGAGGCGAGCUAAGUACGGACCGGGUCACGUCCCUCGCCCGCCGCCCGCCAGCACCGAAGGGAGGAACGAUUGGCCAUCGGUGAUAGGUCCUGUGGGAACAACAAUCCCCGUCCUCUCGAGGACGCGUGGUCAAUGGUAUAACCGCUAAGGCAUGCAAAACAUAAAGAGUACG